CAGGACUGCAUGUCGAUGAACGUAGAAAUUUUAUCUUAUCAGACUGUCAAUAUGAUUUUCGUUUGUCUACAAGAAGAAGAAUAUAGAACGAUCGAAUAACAGGAGCAGGACGUGGUAGUCGCUAAAUGCAGAAGGCUAAGAACUUUGUGUAGGCGAGUGAACUGGCACAGCUACGUCUUACGAAGUCUACUGUAUGUGAGUUUGACUGUACAUGUAAUCGUGCUUCGAUCUAGAUGAGUUAAGAGCAGCACCAACAAAUACAACUAUGUACAUAAAUAUGGCUGAAAAGCAGGUGUAUGUGUAACUACAAUGAAAAAUGAUGUGGUCUUCUACAUGAUCUUGCUAAUAUCUGCUUGGUUGUCUUAGUUUUAGUAGUUAGUACGAAGGCGGAAUGCUCGUUCGAGCCAAGUAGCGCUUUCUGGGAAUAGCUUUUCCUUGUUCUGGCAGACAAAGGAUAAAGAACAUCUGUUGCGCUUGCGUUUGAGGACACGGAACUCCUGAACCACGCACAUCUAGUGCGGCGAGCUCGACUCCACAGCGAACUCGACCACUCACGACACAAUCGAAUCAAAUCUGAUUGGCAACCGAAAAGAUGAUGUCUUCUCCAGUAGCAGAACUCUCUCGCCGAUUGGGCGCUUUUCUGUCGCUUAUUUUCGUGAGUUGCAAUACGCUCAUUAUCAUGACUCCGACAGAAGUAAUUGCACAAAAAUAUGCUAUAGGAGACACUUUCAUGAGUGGAGCCUUCAACAUCACCCAGUCAGCGCUGAAUUGCACAACCCACUCGGCGCCAUGUCAGUUCAAUUUAUUAAGACUUCCGGGAAUCCAUCUUCAGAAGCAUCUUCUUGGGGCACCUCUUUAUGGGAAAAACAGACACAAGAUGACUCUCAGGAUGGAUUCCGGGAAGAUCUAAAUUUAAGAACAGGCUGCUUCGCAGGAAAGCUCUGUCCCCCAGUUGUAGUCUUUGAGGGCGAAAUCAGCGGGACGAUUGAAAUGAACGACUGCGACGUGGGAGUGAUGUAACAAGAAUUUGAUUAGAUUAACCCUAAGCCCUAGCCCUAGGGCUGCUCCACCACAAAUAGAUGACAAAAAAAUGUCAUCUAGAAUUGUUCGAGAGAAUAAGAAAUGCAAUUUUUUUUAUGUCUAGGGUCUACCUGAUUGAUUAGAUGACAAAAAAAAUCACAAUGAACCGAUCUAAUCACAUUCAGUCAUCAAUCAUUUUCAGAGCCGAUCCAAUCACAUUCAUUUGCGUCCUAAUCAAGUACGAUGAAGAACUCAACGUACAACCUCGCGACGCGUCCUUACACGACAGGUACAGCUUCGUGAACCACGGAUCUAAUGAACUCGGUGUCGCAGUUCAGCAUAUUGGCGGUAAGUACGGAGCUGUCGGCGUGGCGCAGUACGGUGUCGGUACAUGUUUUUGUUACACCAAUUCAAAAUUGUUAUGCGGACAACGGUGAGGAUAUUGGAGUCGGAACGCGAAGAACGGUUGCAGAUGGGACUCCACAACUAUCGAACGCUUUUGAUUGCUGCAAACUUGGUCUAUGCAUUUCGCCGUGCGCAUAGACAUGUCACCUCGUCAGCGCGGCAAAGAUUCUCGUUCAUCAUUUUGAUGUGCCCUUUAAGUCUCAGUCUAUGUUUCGGGAAGUGACAGAGACUUGAAGCACGUGCAUGCCUGUUGUGUCGACGCUUCAUCUAUCGCCUCGCAACCUCCGCCUCUAUGUCACAACAACUCUCGUUCCGUGUGCCGUGUCAUGAGCACGUGGCCGG